CGUCGCUCACCACGAGCCGGCAGCGGGGUCACGUGAUCUCGCUUCCCUCUCUCGUCACGUGGCUGCCGGCGCCGGGUCACGAGGACAAGCCCGGGGCCCAGGGAUCUGCCCGGCCGGAGUCAUCCCGCGGGCUGGCCAUGGCCAACGUCUCCAAGAAGGUGUCGUGGUCCGGCCGCGACCGGGACGACGAGGAGGCGGCGCCGCUGCUGCGGAGGACGGCGCGGGCCGGCGAGGGGACGCCGCUGCUGAACGGGGCCGGGCCGGCUGCCGCGCGCCAGCCGCCUCGCCCUGCCGUGUUCCGGGUUGGACAGAUGAGCAGCGUGGAGCUGGACGAAGAGCUUCUGGACCCGGAAAUGGACCCUCCCCACCCCUUCCCCAAGGAGAUCCCACACAACGAGAAGCUGCUGUCCCUCAAGUAUGAGAGCCUGGACUACGACAACAGUGAGAACCAGCUGUUCCUGGAGGAGGAGCGGCGGAUCAACCACACGGCCUUCCGGACGGUGGAGAUCAAGCGCUGGGUCAUCUGCGCCCUCAUCGGCACCCUCACUGGCCUGGUGGCCUGCUUCAUCGACGUCGUGGUGGAGAACUUGGCCGGCCUCAAGUACAGGGUCAUCAAGGACAACAUCGACAAGUUCACGGAGAAGGGCGGGCUGUCCUUCUCCCUCCUGCUGUGGGCCACACUCAACGCCGCCUUCGUGCUCGUGGGCUCCGUGAUCGUGGCCUUCAUAGAGCCCGUGGCUGCUGGCAGCGGGAUCCCCCAGAUCAAGUGUUUCCUCAACGGGGUGAAGAUCCCACACGUGGUGCGGCUCAAGACCCUGGUCAUCAAGGUGUCCGGGGUCAUCCUGUCCGUGGUCGGUGGACUGGCCGUGGGCAAGGAAGGGCCGAUGAUCCACUCGGGGUCUGUGAUCGCCGCCGGCAUCUCCCAGGGGAGGUCGACCUCGCUGAAGCGAGAUUUCAAGAUCUUUGAGUACUUCCGCAGAGACACUGAGAAGAGAGACUUUGUCUCGGCUGGCGCCGCGGCCGGGGUGUCUGCCGCCUUUGGAGCCCCCGUGGGUGGGGUCCUGUUCAGCCUGGAGGAGGGCGCCUCCUUCUGGAACCAGUUCCUGACCUGGAGGAUUUUCUUUGCGUCCAUGAUCUCCACGUUCACCCUGAACUUCGUGCUGAGCAUCUACCACGGGAACAUGUGGGACCUGUCCAGCCCCGGCCUCAUCAACUUCGGGAGAUUUGACUCGGAGAAAAUGGCCUACACCAUCCACGAGAUCCCCGUCUUCAUCGCCAUGGGCGUUGUGGGCGGCGUGCUCGGAGCUGUGUUCAACGCCUUGAAUUACUGGCUGACGAUGUUUCGGAUCAGGUACAUCCACCGGCCCUGCCUGCAGGUGCUCGAGGCCAUGCUGGUGGCCGCCGUCACCGCCACGGUGGCCUUCGUGCUCAUCUACUCGUCCCGGGAUUGCCAGCCCCUGCGCGGCAGCUCCAUGUCCUACCCCCUCCAGCUCUUCUGUGCAGAUGGCGAGUACAACUCCAUGGCCGCGGCCUUCUUCAACACCCCGGAGAAGAGCGUGGUCAGCCUCUUCCAUGACCCGCCAGGCUCCUACAACCCCCUGACCCUCGGCCUCUUCACGCUGGUCUACUUCUUCCUGGCCUGCUGGACCUACGGGCUCACGGUCUCUGCUGGCGUCUUCAUCCCGUCCCUGCUCAUCGGGGCCGCCUGGGGCCGGCUCUUUGGCAUCUCCUUGUCCUACCUCACCGGGGCCGCGAUCUGGGCCGACCCUGGCAAGUACGCGCUCAUGGGCGCCGCCGCUCAGCUUGGUGGCAUCGUGAGGAUGACGCUGAGCCUGACGGUGAUCAUGAUGGAGGCCACCAGCAACGUGACCUACGGCUUCCCCAUCAUGCUGGUGCUCAUGACCGCCAAGAUCGUGGGCGACGUCUUCAUCGAGGGCCUGUACGACAUGCACAUCCAGCUGCAGAGCGUGCCCUUCCUGCACUGGGAGGCCCCCGUCACCUCGCACUCGCUCACCGCCAGGGAGGUGAUGAGCACCCCGGUGACCUGUCUGAGGCGGAGGGAGAAGGUGGGCGUCAUCGUGGACGUCCUCAGCGACACGGCGUCCAAUCACAACGGCUUUCCCGUGGUGGAGGACGCCGGGGACGCCCAGCCGGCGCGGCUCCAGGGCCUGGUCCUGCGCUCCCAGCUCAUCGUCCUCCUGAAGCACAAGGUGUUCGUGGAGCGCUGCGGCGUGGGCCUGGCGCCGCGGCGGCUGCGGCUCAAGGACUUCCGGGACGCCUACCCGCGCUUCCCGCCCAUCCAGUCCAUCCACGUGUCGCAGGACGAGCGCGAGUGCACCGUGGACCUGUCGGAGUUCAUGAACCCCUCGCCCUACACCGUGCCGCAGGAGGCGUCGCUGCCCCGCGUGUUCAAGCUGUUCCGGGCGCUGGGCCUGCGGCACUUGGUGGUGGUGGACAACCGCAACCAGGUGGUCGGGCUGGUGACCCGGAAGGACCUGGCCAGGUACCGCCUGGGCAAGGGGGGCCUGGAGGAGCUCUCACUGGCGCAGACGUGAGGCCCUGGCCCUGCCCUCGGCACAGCUCCCCCGGCCCCUUUGUGCCUCCUCCCGGGGUCCCUGGUCUCUGGGCCAAAGCCUCCUUGCUCCCGGUGCGGUGGACGCGAGCGUCGGGCAGAGCUGUGAGCACAGCCGCGCCCCGGCUCGUCGCCUGCCCUGUGCCUCCACCUUGCUCCUCUGGGCCGGGGCCCUCGGGGUCUCCUGCAGCAGCCCCCCCGCUCCCGACCGAGUGCUCCCUGGAGCCAGCAGGAGGGGCCGGUGUGAGACGGACAGGCUGCACCUGUCACCUCCGUGCCUCGCCCCACCUGGGGCGCGCCCCCCCAGGGAGCCCUGCCUGCACCCCGGGCCGGGGUCUCGGGUCCAGCUCACCACUGUCACUUGAGCCUCGGACCUGGGCAUUGUGCGCAGGGGGCGGCUUCCUGCUGGGCCGGGGAGCCCAGCCCAGAGUCCCUCUGGGACGCUGGAAGCCACCUCUGUGUCCUGCCUGUGUCUGCCACAAGGUGGCGCAGGCCCCCGUGGAGGCUCAGCGCCCUCCCCAGGGAGAAGCAGAGGAGCCGCCAGAGACAACCAGCACUGCCUCCCCUCCCCCGCCUGGACCCUGCUCCUGCACCCAGGCCAUGUCGGGUGGGGCCCCCGCGGGCCCUGCGAGAGGGGGCUGCCCUCACUGGGGCCCCGGCCACUCGCCUGGGCGGGGUCCAGCCUGGACAGAGCCCGGUGCGAGACACAGCCCGCGGGACCUCACAGACGGAACCAAAAACGCAUGUGCAAUCCCCGUCCUUGGUCGUUUUGUACUGGUUGCGUGUUGCAAUGGUGAUGUUUUGGAUAUAUCAGGUCAAAUAAAACGGACUUGACAU